AUGGCUCCUCGAGAGGAUCUGAUCGCCUCAGCGGUGACCUUCUUACAGGAUCCCUCGGUAGCCUCGUCACCCAUUGAGAAGCGAGUUGCUUUUCUUCAGUCUAAGAACCUCACACAAGAAGAAGUUGACCUUGCGCUAUCACGAGUCGGCGAGGAUCCGGCAGCUGCGGCCGCAGCCGCGGGAACCGUAUCUGCACCCGCGCAGACUUAUCCUUCGCAACAGGUUGCGUAUCGGCCAUCAUCCCAACCACCUCAAGGAUAUGGCUACCCCGCUUAUAAUCAGUGGCAAGCGCCUCCCGAGCCACCCAAGAGAGACUGGCGUGACUGGUUUAUCAUGGCAACUGUGAUGGGGGGUGUUGGCUACGGACUCUACUUUGUUGGCAAGCGCUACAUUUCGCCGUUGAUCGCACCUCCGACCCCGCCCCAGCUUGAAAAAGAUAAGGAGAAUAUUGACGAGCAAUUUUCACGUGCAUUCGAUUUGAUCGAACAGCUUUCGACGGAUACUGCAGCACUCAAAGCUGCUGAAGAUGCACGCACCGAACGCUUGGACUCGGCGCUGAAAGAUGUGGAAAGCCUCGUUGCAGACUUAAAGAAUGCGUCACGACGGAGAGAUGAUGACACCCGUCGAAUGAGUGAUGAAGUCAAGUCAUUGAAAGAUGCGAUCCCCAAGGCUCUUGAAGGCGCUCGGGAGGGCAACGAGAACCGACUUAAGGAGCUUGGGUCCGAGCUCAAGAGCUUAAAGGUCCUACUUGGUAACCGUCUCGGUGGGAACAGCGCCGCUCCUGCGGUUGGCCGUACGCUCAGUAGCUCUACUCUCCCCUCUGCAACUCCCUCCCAGCCGGCUGGCGAAGCCACCCCUGCUGCUCCAUCCACCGGCAACAGUCUGCAAGCCACAGUGACCCCGGCUGAACAGGAGCCACAGCCGGCAACUGUCGCCACGCCCUCGCCCGCGAUUGCUGCCGAGAGCCCUCUUGCCAAACUUGGUCGUUCUGCCUCCAUUCCCGCUUGGCAGAUGGCCGCUUCCAAUCGGUCCAAAGCCUCGUCGCAGGCGAACGCAUCCACAACAACUGAUCAGCCCGCCAGUUCCGAUGCUGAGCAGAGCGCGCCGCCCAGUUAG